UCAAACUGAAAACUAGAAACCUCCAAACACAACAAUGUCCCAACCCAGAUUCAUUUUCAUGAUCUUCUUCUGUCUGGCACUUGUUCUGUUUCACACCCAUUUUCCAGUCUGCAAUGGCCUAUCAUUUGUGGACAUCAAUUUGUUGAAACACAAUGAAAUGGAUGUGAUGACCAAAAGGGUUUGCACCAGGAGCAUUGGAGAGUGCUUGACUGAGCCUGAGAUGGAUUCAGAGACCAACAGAAGAGUUCUGGUAAUGCAGAAAAAGUACAUUAGCUAUGAGACCCUUAAGAGGGACAUGGUUCCUUGUGAUAGAGCUGGAGCUUCUUACUACAAUUGUCAUGCAACACAAGCAAAUCCUUAUCGAAGAGGCUGUGAGGUAAUUACUGCAUGUAGAGGUGCUCAAGGCACAAACACUUGAUAGAUUAGAGUCAUAACAACGGAUGAAGGAAAGAGACCCUGUGGCUGUGCGUUAUUCUCCCUCGUUAGUCCCUCAUUCUCUUUUGCCCUUU